AGUAUAAAGUAACAAAAUCCGGAGCAGAGAGAGAGAGAGAGAGAGAGAGAGCUUGAAAUUGACGCCCAAUCCAAAAAUGGUGAACUACCUUCUGAAGAUCACUGCGGAGCUUGAGAAUCUCACAAACCUUCAGCCCCAAGGUGGCUGUGACGACCCAAACUUCUCUUACCUCUUUAAGGUGAAAUGUGGGAGGUGCGGAGAGGUGAGCCAGAAAGAAACUUGUGUGACCUUGAGUGAAACUGUUGCUCUCCCAGCUGGCAAGGCAACAACUAAUCUCAUGCAGAAGUGCAAGUUUUGUGGGAGGGAUGGAACUAUAACAAUGAUCCCUGGUCAAGGUAAACCACUGACUGACGAAGCAAGUCAAGCUGGGAAGUAUGCCCCCUUGAUGCAGUUUGACUGCAGGGGUUAUGAGCCUCUGGAAUAUGUAUUUUGCAGUGGAUGGAAGGCUGAAUCUAUUGAAGGGACUAAAUUUGAUGACAUCGACUUGUCAGCAGGGGAGUUUUCAGAAUAUGAUGAGAAGGGAGAGUGCCCAGUUAUGAUUUCCAAUCUCCGUUCAACUUUUGAUGUAGUGAAGUAGAGAGUAGUACUCUAAUGUUCACAUUUUGUCAUGGUACAUAUAAUUGUUCUUGUCUGGAUGAUGUGGAAGCAUUUGGAUGCUAAACACGAAGUAGCAAUGAAUCUAUAUCCGCAACUGGCUUGAUGUGAGUUGAACUUGGAUUUGUUCAUAAAUUUACUGGUUAGGGCUAUUAACUGAUUGUGAAUUAAUCACCCCAUAUGGUCAUGGUUUUGGAGGCA